AUGGUUUCCUGCCGCGUCCGUAACCUCAGGGCGCUGAUUAUCAUUGUGUGUGGGCUGCUGUUCAUGAUCAUCACGGGACUGGUCAUCUGGAGGGCUGUGAUCAGGAUCCAGAGAGGAACAUUUACACCCCCAUCGACCAUCCCAAUAGAGUUCUGCAGGCAUGGUGGAACCUGGGAUAAUGGCAGAUGUAUUUGUACAGAAGAAUGGAAAGGUCUGAGAUGUACAAUCGUUAAUUUCUGUGAAGAAAGUAAUUAUGAUAAUUUAACUUUUCGAAAAAUUCCAGCGGGAAAAUAUGGACCUUCCACACAAACAUGUGAAGUAGGCACUCCAAAUGCGGGAUCUCCAAAGGCAACCCGACUGUGCAACCUUACUAAAGAUGGAGAGAUAAAAUUAGAAAAUGCAACAAUAGGAAAUUGUAACGAAAAUCUGGAAACAUUGGAAAAUCAGAUAUGUAAUACCUCACAGCAAGCACAAAAAAUUUCUGCUGAAGCCCAGAUUUUAACAUUUAAUGCUAGUAAAUUAACUGCGGAUAACAUCACUUCUGCUGCUAAUGUGGUUGGAAACAUCUUCAACAGCCCUGCAAAUGAAACUGAGGCAAAAAGAAUUGCUGUAACGACGGUGAGUCAGCUUCUAGAUGCCAGUGAAGAUGAUUUUCAAAGAGCUGCUGAUAGUGAUAAGAAUAAUACCUUUAAAACGCUUAUUGAGCAAAUGGAAAUUUAUUCCUUGUCUUUGAACAACACUUCAGUGGUGGAGCCUAAUAUAGCAAUACAAUCUGUUAAUUUGUCUUCAGAAGACACUGGAGGGUCUGCAGAUGUUCGCUUUACUGUGUUGAGAGGAUCUAGCAAUUCUCUAACUUACAGUUCAAUACAAGUAGAUAAACAAGUGAGUAACCUACAACCAGAUGCACAGACUGAACUCCAGAUUUUGCUCAAGACCAAGCAAGAAAACGUUAAGACAUGUGGCUUUGUAGUAUAUCAAAACAGCAAGUUUUUCCAAUCAAAAACUUUUACAGCUAAAUCAAAUUUUAGUCAAAAAAUUAUCUCAAGCAAAAUUAAUGGAACUGAGAAAGAUCAGAGUAUUUCUGUUGAAAUGGUCUUUAAUCCACAGUUCAAUCAAACUGAAUUCAAACUCAAUUCCUAUGCCUGUGUCUUUUGGAACCUUUCAAGGAAUGAUUGGGACACACGUGGCUGUCUAAAGAACCAGUCCCUUGAUGGGUUCCUGUACUGCAGGUGCAACCACACGACUAAUUUUGCUGUAUUAAUGAGUUUCAUAAAGAACUAUAACUAUCCUAAAUCACUAGAUAUAAUAUCCAACGUCGGAUGUGCACUGUCCAUCAUUGGUUUGGCCCUCACGAUUAUAUUCCAGGUUGCCACCAGAAAAGUCAGAAAAACCUCAGUAACCUGGGUGUUGGUCAGUCUGUGCACAUCGAUGUUGAUUUUCAACCUGCUCUUUCUGUUUGGAAUUGAAAACUCAAAUAAGAACUUAAACACAAAUGAUGAAGGCAGCGAAAAUAAUGAUAAUGUUACUAAUAAUGUGCCCGCAACAGACACCAUCCACAUCCCGAAUCCCACGUGCACUGCAAUUGCUGCUUUACUGCACUAUUUUCUGCUAGCGACAUUUACCUGGAAUGUACUCAGUGCUGCCCAGCUCUAUUUCCUUCUAAUUUGGACCAUGAAGCCUCUUCCUCGACAUUUCAUUGUCUUUAUCUCUUUAAUUGGAUGGGGAUUCCCGGCUAUAGUUGUGGGUAUGACCGUGGGAAUAAUUUAUUCUGUGAAUGGGGACGAUUCACAAUGGGAGUUAAUCUACCGGCAAGAAGAAAUCUGCUGGUUGGCAUUUCAAAAAGACAAUAAUUAUAUACAAAGUCCAUUGCUGUGGUCAUUCUUCUUACUUGUUACCCUUAUCCUCAUCAGCAAUGUUGUUAUAUUUAUUGUCAUCACAGUCAAAGUCCUGUGGAAGAACAACCAGAAUCUGACAAGCACAAAAAAGGUUUCAUGUAUAAAGAAGAUUCUUAGCACAUUAUCUAUUGCAGUGGUUUUUGGAAUUACCUGGGUUCUGGCAUACUUUAUGCUAAUUGAUAAUGAGAACGUCAGUAUCAUCUUCAGCUACAUAUUCUGCCUUUUCAACGCUACUCAGGGAUUUCAAAUUUUUGUCUUCUAUACUGUCAGAACAAAAAUCUUUCUGAGCAAAGCUUCCACAGUGUGGAAGUCACUGUCAUCAUCCGCUGGGAGAGUGAAGUCAGUGCCAUCGGCGUCCCGACUGAAGCUACGUUUAAGGAUGUAUACUCUGGUCAAGUCAUUCCCAACUCUCAAGGAACGCUUUAGGCUACUGGAUCCAUCUGAGUUUACUGAGGAGAUGUCAGUGUCUGAAAGUGGCGAAGCAAACUCAAGCAUAUAGACAGAUAGUAAGAUUAUUACCU